ACCGCUCUCCUCAGGGGCCCCGUGCGUGCGUGUGUGUAAGUGUGUGUGAGUGAGAGAGAGAGAGAGAGAGAGCGAGACGGGGGUGAAAAAAGAAAAGCAGAGAAACGGAGAAAGGGAGAGCUGUGAGCUGCAGUGUUUGACCAGGUCUGAACACGGAUUCAGGAGCACAUCUUAGUCGAGGAUUGUUGCUUUCCUGGCCCCCUCAGACAACGGAUAUUUUGGGUGACUAAACCGGAGUGUGCUGGAACAGUGAGGAAAUCAGCCGGGAUCGCGAGUUCCGACAGGGAAUUUUCUCUAUGGAAUUAAAUCGCCGAGGAGCUUCAUUCAUGUGGCUGUAGAGUGGGUUUCAAUUGGUUUCAAAGUCCGAAACGCUCGAGGACGCUUAGGAUUGUUUUGUUCUAAUUAGCCACAAUAUCUUUUUUAUUAUUAGUUUGUAAUUCUAGCUCGCGGUCGCCUUUUCCCCUGUCAGCGUAAAUUAUGCGCGAUGUAUUCUUAUUCUCUUAAGAACAUGAACUAGUGCAUUAAACAGAUGAACUCCAGUAGUUGUACAUGUGCGUGUCUCGCGCGACUGACGGCAUUCGUUCUUGAAUGCAUUUUAUUUUCACUGUGGCACUGCGUUUAAUUUACGCGUUGUAUAUUUUAAUGCUGCCUAAAAACGUGCCUUUAAACCCCAUGUUGUGGUUCUGCUGCCGACCCACGGUGCUCUGCUGUGCGCGCGCUGCACAGCGCUCGGCCAACCUUAAUGUUGCACGAGCUCAAAAACAGUUGUGAAACCCCAAGAUUAGGACAGAAUUAAAAGAAAAGAAAACACACAAUCAGAUUUUUAAACUGUCGUAUGUUCAGGACGAAACGCUCAGGUCUCGUGCGGCGACUCUGGAGAAGCCGUUUGGUUCCAGAUAACGAGGAGGGUGACGGCAAUGGCAAGAGCGGGGACUGCUGUCGGGACGAUGUCGGCGAACAUCCAGAAAAAAUCGGCAAAACCGAGUUCGGAGCGAUGACCCCGAGCGGCUCGGCCGGUGCGGAGCUUGACGGAGGUGUGUGUUCCAGCGCCGGCUGGGGGGUGACUUUGGACCAGCGCGGCAGCGCCGUGGUUUGUGUCCCGGAGCGGGGAAGCCCCCGGUCGGCGCAGGACAUCGACAACAGGACGGUGACGUGCUGUUUGUUCAAAGACCGGGACUCUUCCGGAGCCGGAAGCUCGGAAACGGCGAACGUGCCUCGCGUGAAGGAGCCGAGCUCGUCUCAGUGUGCGCCCCGGAGCCCCGGUAGCCCCUCGGUCGAGAGUCCCGAGACAAAACGACGCUCCUUGGCAGAGCAGGAGCUUAAAGCCGCCACGUACUCGCUGCUCAAACGGCUGAAGGAGAAAACUCUGGAUGCGCUGCUCGAAGCUGUGGAGUCCAGAGGCGGAGUGCCGAGUGAGUGUGUGAUGGUGUCUCGGGCAGAGCAGCGUCUUGGCGCUCACGUCUCUCCGCCGCAGCUUCUCGUGUGUAAGCUGUACCGAUGGACCGACCUCCAGCACACGGCGCAGCUCAAGGCGCUGUACGAGUGCAAGAGCUUCGGCGGACGCGACGCACCGCUCGUUUGCUGCAACCCCUAUCAUUACAGCCGCCUGUGUGGGCCAGAGUCGCCUCCUCCUCCUUACUCAAGGCUUUCACCUAGUGACGAACACAAGCCACUGGAUCUGUCAGAUUCCACACUGUCUUACACUGAAAUGGAGGCUGCCAACUCGCCAAACAUCACCCAAGGAGAGUUCUCAGAUGCCAGCUUGUCACCGGAUGCCCCUAAGCAGAGCCACUGGUGCAGCGUGGCAUACUGGGAGCACCGGACACGAGUGGGUCGCCUCUACCCAGUGUAUGAGCCCUCAGUGAGCAUCUUCUAUGACCUACCUCAGGGCACGGGCCUGUGCCUGGGCCAACUAGGCGGCGAGCACCGUGGUGGCACUGCCCAGCGCACACGCAGCAAAAUCGGUUAUGGCCUGCUGCUCAGCAAAGAGCCAGACGGCGUGUGGGCUUACAAUCGUAGUCAGCACCCCAUCUUCGUUAACUCGCCAACGCUGGAGGCACCAGGAGGCCGCGGCCUGCUCGUACGCAAGGUCAUGCCCGGGUACUCCAUCAAGGUUUUUGACUACGAGCGCUCAGCUCGGCUGCUGCUGCGCCACGAGUCGGAGCCCGCGCUCCCGGACGGCCCAUACGACCCCAACAGUGUGCGUAUCAGCUUCGCUAAGGGCUGGGGACCGUGCUACUCACGCCAGUUCAUCACCUCCUGUCCGUGCUGGCUCGAAAUCCUCCUCAACAACCACAGAUAACACACAAACAGAUAGACAUUGAGAGCCAGUCACAGACUCAGAGCCAAAAGAUGCACCAGAGACUGGACACACCCUACAAACUAUCCCAAAUAUCGUCUACUUAGAUUUAAUAUAAAGUUUUAUAUAUUAUAUGAAAUAUAUAUUAUACUUGUAAAUACUGGAGUCAUUUUUACAAUGUAAUUAUUUAUGUAUGGUGCAAUGUGUACAUGGACAAGUGGAAAAAACAGAAAUGCACUUUGGCUUAUAUAUAUUAUAUAUAUAUAAAAUAUCUAUAAAGAUAAAGAAUUUUUCAAUACCAUUUUGGAAAAACAAAAUUAUACAGCAAAAUUAGACAAACCUGGUUUUGGUGUAUAGUUUUGACAUAUUACUAAUAUCCAGACAAAAAGCUAACACCGUUCACACAUUGAUAAUAAAGUAUUCGCAUAA